AUGGAUUGGGUUCGCGGUGAAAAAUUGGGCUUUGGAAGUUUUGGGAGCGUGAAUUUAGCAGUACCCAGAAAACAAAGCUCUCAAUUUACUCCUUUAAUGGCCGUGAAAUCUUGUGGGGUUUCGCAAGCAGCUUCACUGAUGAACGAGAGAUUGGUUCUGGACGAGCUUAAAGAUUGCCCAGAAAUCAUUCGUUGCUUUGGAGAAAGUUCUACUUACGAAAAUGGAGAGAAAUUAUACAAUGUACUGUUGGAGUAUGCUUCCGGUGGAAAUUUGGCUGAUAAAUUGAAGAAUUCUUGUGAUCAGAGGAUGCCGGAAUCUGAAGUCCGGGGUUACACUAAAGCUUUGCUCAAAGGGCUUCACUAUAUUCACAAGGUAGGUUAUGUUCACUGUGAUAUUAAGCUUCAAAACAUUCUAAUAUGCCAAGAUGGUGGUGUAAAGAUUGCGGAUUUUGGAUUGGCGAAGACGGCCGGAAGAAAAGAAAAUGGUGUUUCGAGUUAUGAAUUAAGGGGCACACCUCUGUAUAUGUCGCCAGAGAUGGUCGCCGGAGGCGAGCAGGAUACGCCUGCUGAUAUAUGGGCACUUGGGUGCGUGGUGGCGGAGAUGGUCACCGGAACACCGGCGUGGAGGUGCUCCGACUUGGCGGUGCUUCUGAUGAGAAUUGGGAUUGGUGAAGAGGCGCCUGAGGUACCAGGUAAUUUAUCAGCAGAAGGAAAAGAUUUUCUUGAAAAAUGCUUUGUGAAGGACCCAAGUAAGAGAUGGACGGCUGAUAUGCUCCUAAAUCAUCCCUUUGUUGCGGAUAAAGAUUUUGGUGACGCUGAAAAUAUUGCCUCCACCUCUCCCAGAUGCCCAUUUGAUUUCCCUGAUUGGGCAUCAUCAGUUACAUCUUUUCCGUCGCCGGAAUAUUCUCCAGAAUCUAACUUCUGGUUUUCCAGCAACUCAAAUUUGACAAGUGGGUCAUCGUCUAUUUCGCCGGAGGACAGGCUGCAGGGGUUAAUAAGCCAUCAAGAUCCUGAUUGGUCUGUUUCAGAUGAUUGGAUCACCAUUAGGUGA